CCAAAGUAGUAGAAUUUUUCAUAUAUUCAUCCAAAAUCAAGGGAAAUAAAUCAAGCAAAGAGGAACAACAAGCAACCUCCAUCACUCAACUCAACUGUUCCCAUCCAUCCACGAUGCCCCAACCCUUCAUCAGCCCUCCACUUCUCAUCAUUCUCCUCCCCAUCCUCGCCUUAACUCUCUUCUUCAUCGCCGUGCCACCACUCCUCUCCGCCGCCUCCAACGCUCUCCGCCCUGUCUCCGUCGUCAAGACCAGCUGGGACUCCCUCAACAUCCUCCUCGUCGUACUUGCCAUCUGCUGCGGCGUAUUCGCCAGGCGUAACGACGAGGAGCCAUCCCCGCAUAACGACGCCGUGCCGGAACAAAAUGGAGCUUCAUCGUCGUCGGUGGAAAGAGUUGGCUACGAGCUGCCGUCGCCGCCGCAGCAGCAGCACUGGUUUGGAUUCCCUGAUGAGACGAAGGUCUACGAUGCCGCCACCCCGACAACCGGCGUUACCCGGCUGAGAAGGAGCAGCAGCUCGUACCCAGAUCUGCGGCAGUGGGAUUCCGGCGACGAGCGUUACCAGUUUCGCUUCUUCGAUGACUUCGAAAUCGACAAGCAGACGCAGUCACGCUCGCCGCUGGUGGAGCACCGUCAACGGUGGCCGGAACCGGAAACUCAUGAAGACAAAGAAGAAGAAGUUCGAGUUAAGGAAAUCCCGGUGGAUACCUUUGAAGUUCGUCCUCCACCGCAUGUGAAGUCAGCCGCGCCUCCUCCUCCUCCUCCGCCACCGCCACCGCCGCCUCCUCCGGCGGCGGACUCAGCUCGUCGAAAUCCGAGACGGACACCUCCGAAGAUGGAAAAUGAAAUAACUGAAGUGGAUGAUAGCGAGUUCACGAGGGUCCAGUCUCCUCCGACGCCACCGUCACCUCCGCGGCUGUCGGUGAAAGCACGUUCGGAGCACAAGAAGAGUGAGCGAAGGAAGAGUAACGUGAAGAGGGAGAUAGCGAUGGUUUGGGCUUCAGUACUCUCCAACCCGAGAAAGCGAAAGAAGAAACAGAGAGCCAAAACCGAUGAAAGUCACAGUCAACAUUACCAAAAUGUUGAUGAAGUAACAAACAACACGGCAGCGCCACCACCUCCGCCGCCACCGCCACCGCCACCUCCGCCUCCGCCGUCAGUUUUUCACAGUUUGUUUAGAAAGGGACUGGGGAAGAAUAAGAAAAUUCAUUCAUUGUCAGCGCCGCCACCACCGCCGCCGCUGCCGCCGUUGACGUCUUCCCGGAGAUGGUCAACACGCAAGAGCCAGAUCCCAAUGCCGCCGGCUCCUCCGCCGGAGCCACCCCGCCGGAGAAACUCCGGGAGGCCACCAUUGCCAAACAAGGUAGACAAUAGCAACUCCGUCCAUGAGGCCAUAAACACCGGCAACCAGUCGCCACUGAUUCCGGCCCCGCCGCCGCCUCCGCCAUUCAAGAUGACUGCAAUGAAGUUCACUGUUCGUGGUGGUUUUGUUAAUGUACGUAGCAACCAGAGCUCGCGAAGUAGCUCGCCGGAAAGGGAGCACAUUGAUGUGGAAGUGGCAAACAUGACUACUAGUACAACCACCACCAACACUGCCACCGCCACCGCUGAAGUGGGUGGGCCCGUUUUCUGUCCCAGCCCUGAUGUGAAUUUGAAGGCUGCAACUUUCAUUGCUCGGCUGAGGGGAGAGUGGAGGCUGGAGAAGCUCAACUCUAUCAAGGAGAAAAGCAAUGGCUCAUUGCCUCCUCCUGUUUAAGAAAUGAGGCUCUAAUUAUGGUUUUUUAGUUCAGUUAUUAGAGCCUGAUGAAGAGAAAUUAUGAUGCAGAAUCUUGGUUUUGAGUUUGCUUGGUUUUAAUUUUUCAGAUACUUUUGAUUGAUGGAUGGCAUUGGUAUUGGCAUUUUGUUAUGAUCCUAUAGAUGCAUUAGAAUUUACCAAUAGCAGAUUUGUAUAGGAUGAUAUAUAACUGGGGUUCUGAUAGUGUUUUUAUGUGCUAUUUGGAGCCUCUAGUAGAUUUAUUGGGAGUAUGAGCUUUUGGUUUGCCAGUUUGUAUGUUUCUAUAAUGUGCACUGAGCCUCUGAUUGUAUAGUUAUUGAACUUUUUAAUCAAUAUCUUUCAUUCU